AUGGGUGCCCUUGCUAGUGUGUGUGAGGACCCUCAAAAUGACAAGGAAUUUGUUCAGAAAUGCGAGCAGUGGAUGAAUUCCACAGCAGAAAUUCACAAGACCUUCAAGAAAAGCAUUCCUGGACACUUGGAAGAACUGCAGAAGGACCAGAGAGAGUAUGAGGAGCUGCAAAACGAAAUUUCCACAAAUGAGCAGAGAUUUAAUUCUGUGAUGGAAAAUGUUCUACCUUCCUGGGAAUCUGGAGAUCCAGAGAAAAGAGGACAGUUACUUUCCAAGUUCACACUGAUGAAGGAGCAGUGGCACCAUGUUAGCUGGGUGGUGCAGCAGAGAAAGAAAAGCAUCGAUGGAUUUCUGAGACUGUGGCAUCUCUUCCUGUGUUGCCUGCUGAGUCUCAACAGAUGUCUCGUGGAUACCAAGAGCUUUGUCGCAUCUGUGAAGACCCAGGACUGCCACAGCCACCACCAGCGUAGGAAUCUCAUUAAAGAGUUGAAGCUCACCAAGAGAAGUGCAGAUGACAGAGGCAGCAGCACCACAAGCGGCAGAAGCGAUCGCCGAGGACUUGCUCAGCCCACAUCGCUCUGUCGCCGGGCUGUGGCUUGGGCACUUGUACUGUUUGUGUUGCUCCUGCUUUUGCUGUUCUUCCUCACUUCUGUCAUUGUCCCUUCUGAUGAGUUUGACAGAUGCAUGUCUGUCAACAACUUUGCCCGUUCCUUCAAUCUCAUGCUGCAAUACCCACAUGGGCCUCCACCAUUGUAGGAAGCGGCCCAGGAACCUUCAGUGGCAGCACUCUCUCUGUUGCUACAUAGGCUCUCUGCAGUGCUUUGUCAUGGGGAACUUCUUCAUCCUUUCUUGUUCUGUUUUCUUCACUUUAAAUGUUCAAUAAAGUUUGUUGUUAGUGUUAGGUCAUA